AUGGGAUUGAUUGUUCUCAUCUUGACAGCUUAUUUUGCAAAUUGUGUAUUAGAUAUCAAAUGGGAUGGCCUCAGAGUGCAGUGGAAUCAGAACGUGACAAACCCGAACUACUUCGUCAAAUUUUCAAGAACUGAACACCAAGCUGUCAUUAGAGGUUUCACAAAGAUAGGAGACUGUGACUUGACGGCGAAGUGGAGAGGCAGGCGAUAUAUCCAAGACAGUGACUACACAGUUAUACUGCUGUUUGAUAUCAAGGGCUACAUCGCUGGAAUUCAAACAGCGAUACCCACAACAUCUACAUACCCCCCACUUAAACUCAAGCCGCCCUUUAUAGAUGAGGGAGGCCGUUCUGUUUUGACUGCUUACUUCACAGACCCAUCAAAAAUAUGCACUACUGGCCGCACAGCUGAUGAGUUCGCCAUAGAGGGAACAGGUUCAACCUUAUACAUACAGGACAACAUCUAUCCUGAAGCUAGUACCCGGAUGCCGUCUAGUGUAGAUGAAGCCAGACGUACAGCACCAUGGACCAUAUCCAAAUGCUUAAAUUACAUGGGAUUACAUUACUACCACAACAUCACCUCAGAGUUAGAGUGCGACAGCUUAUUCCCUGUUGGCCUUCUGUAUCACAAGGGGGAGCUAUUAGGUUUUGCCUGGCUGUUUAUGCAGUAUCUGCCCUUGAAACGCUACGAAACUGUAGCAAAACGCUUUUAUCCGUAUGUGCUGACUCAAGUUCCAAAGUGUUUUGACGAAUACGACUAUUUCACCAGCCAGCAUGUGUAUCUAAUCAAAAAUGUCGAAGAUGUUAUCUGCUAG